AAAACUGUUUCAACCAAACACUAAUACAAUGUCAAUAAUUUAAGCUAACCCGGUGAUUUUGAUUUAAAAACCGUAGAAAUCACGCCCAUAAAAACUUGUUGAUUUACUUUGUGUAGUUAACUGAAUACGAAAGUGCGGCUUCAGACUAUUGACUCCAGCUUCGGAUCUUUGACAGGACGGGCUGCUGUCGACUUGGAUAGAAAGUUUGUGAAAUAUCGAGAAAUCUAAACCACCAAGAGCAGCAUUUGUGUUAUGAGAUUUUAUUAGAAACACACAAGAUGCCAGUGUUUCACACAAAAAUCAUAGAAAGUAUUCUGGAACCUGUAGCACAGCAGGUGUCCAAGUUAGUCAUUCUCCAUGAGGAAGCCGAAGAUGGCAAUGCUAUGCCAGACCUUGCCAUGCCGGUCCAGACGGUCAAAUUGGCCGUUGACAAUCUUGUCAAGGUCGGUUAUGACACAAUUAACAGUAGCGAGGACCAGAUCCUAAAACAGGACAUGCCUCCCGCCCUCAGCAGAGUAGAGGAAGCAUCCUUACUUCUCCUUCAGGCCUCGCAACUUCUCCGAACAGAUCCAUACUCUGCUCCCGCCCGCAAAAAGCUUAUAGAGGGCUCUAGAGGUAUCCUACAAGGGACAUCUGCCCUACUUUUAGCAUUUGACGAAUCAGAAGUGAGAAAGAUUAUCAGAGUAUGUAAAAAUGUGUUAGAAUACCUCGCUAUAGUAGAGGUGGUCGACCGGAUGGAAGAUCUUGUCACAUAUGUUAAGAAUCUGAGUCCAGUCCUCACCACGAUGGCGAAACAAGUGGAUGGUCGUGAAAAGGAACUAACCCAUCAGGUCCACAGAGAGAUGCUGUGUCAUUCUCUAGAUCAAGUCAAAAACCUUACUCCAGUUGUCAUCAGUGGAAUUAAAAUUUACAUCACAGCCAAAGAGAACUACACGAUGCCACAACAGGUGGCUGAUGCCCAGACUAACAGGGACUACAUGGUGACGAAGAUGAGAGACGAAAUCCAUGAAAUUAUCCGGGUGCUGCAGCUGACCACAUACGAUGAGGAGGAGUGGGAUGCUGAUGAUUUAGCUAUUAUGAGGAAGCUACAGAGCGCAAUUGACCAGAAAAUAAAGCCAGCCAAUGACUGGUUGGCUGAUCCCACAGCUCUCGUUGGUAGUGCUGGGGACAAGUCACUGCAUCAAAUAUUAGAAGACUCACGACGUGUAGCGGACAGGUGUACUGAUCCAGAAGACAGAGACAGGAUAUUGAAGACAGUUGGAGACAUGGAAUCCAUGGCUAAUGCUCUUUCAGAACUGCGACAACAGGGCAAGGGAAGCAGUCCACAAGCUUUGUCUUUAGCCCGUCAAAUCCAAAGCAAACUACAUGAGCUACAGCAACAGACCCAGAAUGCCAUUGUUAAGAGUGAGAGGUCUGGUAUACGUCGUCCAGCCCCAACAGUGGAGGGGAAGGUUGAACAAGCUCGUCAGUGGCUGUCACACCCAGGCAUGGAUGAUCGAGGCCUAGGCGAGCAGGCCACACUUAUGAUAGUAGCAGAAGGACGACGUCUGGCAGAUUCAUGCCCAGGACCUCAGCGCUCAGAUUUGCUGAGGCUGUGUGAUGAAACAGAGAUACUUACUAAUCAGCUGUCAGAGCUCAUAAGAAAGGGUCAGGGAGAUAGCCCACAAGCCAAGGCACUGGCUAAAGCUCUGACAGAAAAACUUCAUGCCCUAAAAUACAAAAUACAAGAAGCACUGGUUAGUCAGGUUGCGGACGAUUUUAUUGACAUCUCAAUGCCACUGAAGGUCAUGACUGAUGCUGCCCUAGUCCCGUUAGGAACUCCAGGCCGUGAUGCCAACUUUGUUGACAAGGCGAGACAGUUUGAGGACCACGCUGCCAAACUAGCAGACACUGCAAAUAUGGUGGCAACCAAAGGAGGAUGUAGGAACAAGAAGACUGUGGAGGCGAUCUUCAAGUCAUCAGCACAGGUUAAUGACCUGACGCCACAAGUAGUAACGGCAGCAAGAAUUGUACUAGCUGACCCCAACAACGCCGCCGCCCGUGACCACUUUGAUCUGAUGAAGAAACAAUGGACAGACAAUAUGGAGCAUCUGAGAGGUCUGGUUGACGAGGCUGUGGAUACACCUGCCCACCUCAAGGCUGUCGAGGAGGCUAUCCUACGGGACACAGAUCGGGUAGAGGAUGGCAUUAGAACAAACGAUCCAGCUAAAAUGGUCACAAAUGGUUCAAACAUUGCCCGUCGGGCCAACCGUGUCCUCCAGGUGGCCCACACUGAGGCGGAGAACAGUGAAGACCCACAAUUUGUAGAUCAGGUUAAUCAUGCUGCAGAAAACUUAAAGUCAACGAUCUCUCCGAUGGUUCAGAGUGCUAAAGCCAUGUCUAUGAACCCAAAAGAUGGUAAUGCUGUCAACAACUGGAGGAAGGACAAUCAGAAACUAAUAUCAGCAGUGGGAGGAGUACGAGACAUAUUCCGAGAAGAGCCUGGGUAUGAUCAGUUCCCCCCUCCCCCACCCGACCUAUCACAGCUACACAUCACAGACCAAUCCAUGCCACCGCUGCCACCACCACCAAUCUGGCCUUCCCAGGAAUUUAGCGAGAUAUUCAACCUGGGCAGGCCGCCAGCCUCCGCUUUCGGUCCGACUAGCGCCACCUAUAGCCCUGUAGUCGUAGAUAGCCCUCCAAAUAGAAAUAUCAUGACUAGAGUUCCAGAUCAGUUUGCAGACGGAUCUCACAUGAUGCCACAACCUGAAGACCGAUGUUAUCCUCAAUCUACGAUGAGACAACAGGAGGCGUACCCGGGCCAGUUUGCGCCCCAGGCACCCCCACCCCCGGUGCCCCCACCCCCUCAGGACCCUUUCAGCUACUAUGGCAGAGAUGGUGCCCCACCACGCCCUCCUCUGCCUACGGACUCCACACCUCCCAGGCCCCCACCCCCAGACACAGACGAUGAGGAAGAUAUGAUCUUCCCCUCUGUACCUCAGGCCAACCAGCCUAUCAUGAUGGCUGCCCAUGCCUUACACAUGGAGACAAAGCAGUGGUCAAGUAAAGACAAUGAGAUCAUUGGUGCAGCCAAGCGAAUGGCUAUCCUGAUGGCUAAACUCAGCCAGCUAGUCAGAGGUGAGGGGGGAACCAAGAAGGACCUGAUAUCUACGGCCAAGAAAAUUGCUGAGGCAUCGGAGGAUGUAACGAGACUCGCCAAGAAGUUGGCAGCAGAAUGCACGGACAAAAAAAUGAGAACAAAUCUGUUACAAGUAUGUGAACGUAUCCCAACCAUUGGCACACAGCUGAAGAUCUUAUCUACCGUCAAGGCAACCAUGCUUGGAGCUCAAGAACCCAUACCAGCUCCCGAUGGCAGUGAGAUAGCCUGUGAAUCUAGUUCCGAGGAAGACCAGGAAGCUACAGAGAUGUUAGUUGGUAAUGCCCAGAAUCUCAUGCAGGCUGUCAAGGAAACCGUCAGGGCUGCUGAGGCUGCUUCCAUUAAAAUCAGGGUAGAUUCUGGAUAUACAAUCCGCUGGUUGAGGAAGAGGCCAUGGUAUACAUCAUGAGUGUGUAACAGCCACUGGGAAGGGGACAAAAACUAUUGUAGAGGGGCAACGGAGGAACAGACGGGAUAUUCCAUGGAAUGAAGUUGAGAGGUUACAAAUGCCCUGACAAGUGAUUGGACAGAAGAAACCAUGUGAUGAAGUUGGGGGUGGGAUAGUGUGUCUGUACAGACUGUUGUCAGUGAUUGUAUACAUGUGGGUUACUUUAGCUUUUCAUAUGAAUGUUUGUGUGUAUUGAAGAAAAUCUUACAAAAAAAAAAUGUGAAUGUAAUGGUUCAUUAUACAUGUUAACUUUGCAGUUCUUUGGAAUUGCUUGAAUCAGAGAGAACAUAUUUGUUUCUAAAUUCCAAGAAAUAUUAUUGUGUUCUCAAACCUAAUUCUUUCAAAGCAAAAGAAAUUUGAAAAGAAAUAAACAAAGUAUUAAUAACUUUGUAAUUAGAAUAUUGACAAAUAACAAUACUGUUUUACAUUGCCACGUUGUGAAGUGAAUGUUCCGUAGAACUACAAAUUGAUAUGGUCAGGCCAAGAUAUUAUAGCUAAGUAUGUGUGAUUUUCAAUGUACAGGAAAGCGUUGGGGAUAUAAAUUGUUUG